AUGUUCUCUACCACUACCAACGCACCUGCAUGCGCUGCCCAGCAGCAGAAGAGGCGCAGUGUGGAGGACAUCAACGCCAGCUACGACGUUUUCUACCCACGAACUCCUUCCUCGUCGUCUGCAUCACGCUCGCCCUCCGGAAAGAAAAGUCCGCGCUUCGCACCGACACCCGCCUGCGACGCCGCGACCGGCGAGCCGCUGUCCUCCUCCCCGACGCCUCGCAAGGAGUGGUACGCGCGCGCCGAGCAGCGGGCCCACGAGCGGCUGCUGGAGGCGGGUCGCGCACAGGAGGCAAAGGAGGCACUGGCGGCGCUGGAGAAGCAGGAGAAGAAGGACCGCAAGAAGGCCCACAGGGCCAAGAUGGGGAAGCAGAUGCGAGAGGAACGGGCCGUCGAGGAGGUGGAGCGGCGGCUGGAGGAGAUUACUGUCGUUUUUGACGCGCGGGCGUGA